UGCCUUAAACGUCCAACGGAGGCAAGCCUAUUUUCAUUUGAGGUUUCGGUCCCUUGUAACCAAAGGCUAUCUCACCCACAUAGAGUACUACCGAACCACUGAUGUCUGACUCACCUCGUUCCGGCAUGGACGAGUCUGUGACUAUGACGAAGACCAUACCAGGUUCCGACGUAUCGGCAGAGGAGCAACCUUCGUCGAACUCCAACGGGUUAACUCAGCAAACGCCGGAGCAACUUGUAGCCAGGGCCAUAGCUCCGGUGAAGGUGAAGUUUCUUUGUCCUCCUCCUGUUCGAACUUCCUCCACAACUCAGAACGAAGAGGUGUCUGAGGACAAGGAUAAAGUCUCUGUCCAAUCCGGUGGAUUGGUAAAGGAGAAGAAGUCGAAGCGCCAACUCAAGCGUGAACGUCGUCAGGAACAGAAGUCUGCUAAAAACAUUUGUCCGGAAAUUGCAAAGACAGGAGAUAUUAGUUCAUGUCCUUACAGUGACAAAUGCCGCUUCAGCCAUGACUUAGAGGCCUUCAAGGCCCAGAAACCAACUGAUUUAGAGGGAGAAUGCCCUUUUUUUAAAGCUGAAGGUUCUUGUUCCUAUGGGUUAGCGUGUAGAUUUUCCAGCACGCAUGCAGAAGGUAUGCCUCCUGGCAAUCUGAAUGAUCGGAGAAAGACUUCCGAAAUAAAUGGACUGAGCAAAGAUGUUCAAAAGCUUUUGUGGAAAAAUAAGAUGCGCUUCCCCAAGGCAGAUGCCCGGCUCAGAGCUCUUGGACUCUGGGAAUCAUCUAAGUUAAAAAGGAAUGACCUGGAAGAUAAGGAUGGUGGAAGUGUUGAUUCAAAUAAUUGCCACCAUGCUGAUAAUAAUGGCUCUUGUGAAGUAACCAAUGACUUGGGUUCUAACUUAGAAAGCUCUACAGAGGACACUAAAGUUGAUGGUAUUGAUGGAAAUUUUGAUUCUGAUUUACUUUGCCCUCAAAAGAGAAGAAAAACUGAAGAAAAUUCUGGUCUUGAUGUUUCUGAAAAUGAAGGGGUGUGUGUUACUGACCAAAACAUUGAAAAAAGCUUCAUACAAGCUGAACUUGCUGCUGUAACUGAUGCCAUACCUCCUGAAACUGACCGAAGCAUGAAGUUGCACCCACGAGAAAAGAUGCUUAUUGAUUUUAGAGAUAAGGUGUAUCUUGCGCCCUUGACUACUGUUGGAAAUCUUCCAUUCAGGAGGGUUUGCAAAGUUUUGGGAGCUGAUGUAACAUGCGGUGAAAUGGCAAUGUGCACAAAUCUUUUGCAGGGUCAAGCAUCAGAAUGGGCGUUGCUGAGACGUCAUUCAUCUGAGGAUUUAUUUGGCGUACAAAUAUGCGGGGCAUAUCCAGAUACUAUUGCACGAACUGUAGAACUAAUAGAGAAGGAAUGUACAAUAGAUUUUAUUGAUAUAAAUAUGGGUUGCCCAAUUGAUAUUGUUGUGAAUAAGGGUGCUGGAUCAGCUCUUCUUACAAAACCAAUGCGGAUGAAAAAUAUUGUUGAGGUAGCUUCAGGCACAUUGGAGAAACCAAUUACCGUUAAGGUACGGACAGCUUAUUUUGAAGGGAAAAAUCGCAUUGAUUCUAUUAUUGCAGACGUGGGCUCUUGGGGAGCCAAUGCAGUUACAAUACAUGGUAGAUCACGUCAGCAACGAUACAGCAAGCUUGCUGACUGGGACUAUGUUUACCAAUGUGCCAGGAAGGCUCCUAAUACUUUGCAAGUAGUAGGGAAUGGAGAUAUUUCUUCAUUUGUUGACUGGAACAACCACAAGGCUGAAUGCUCUGAGCUUGCUACAUGCAUGAUUGCUCGUGGAGCAUUAAUUAAGCCUUGGAUAUUUACAGAAAUCAAGGAACAAAGGCACUGGGACAUUAGUUCCGGGGAGCGAUUAAAUAUUUUGAAAGAUUUUGUACGUUUUGGCCUUGAACAUUGGGGUUCUGAUACAAAAGGAGUGGAGACAACCAGACGGUUCUUGUUGGAAUGGCUUAGCUACACAUGUAGAUAUAUACCUGUUGGGCUUUUAGAUGUUAUUCCACAACGACUAAACUGGCGUCCGCCGUCUUACUAUGGACGCGAUGACCUCGAAACGCAAAUGGCUUCAGACUCUGCAGCUGACUGGAUACGAAUAUCAGAGAUUCUACUUGGCAAGGUUCCUGAUGGCUUUUCAUUUACGCCGAAGCAUAAAUCAAAUGCUUACGAUAGUGCUCAGAAUGGUUGAUCUUGUGCAGUUUAUCUUCUUGGAUUGCUAUGGGAGAGAUUCUUGCAUACACUAAACG